GAAUUAUUUAUAGAUGACACUACUUAACACUAAUAAUACUGUUCAUUUUUAUGUAAAUUCGAGUUAGUUGGUUGUUCACUCUAAUCAAAUCACUAGAAUCGUAAUAACCCAAAGUUUGAAAUUCUCAAAUGCUAAUUGCCCCAAAAUAUAGCGAGCAAGUUCCUCUAAAGCAGCGAAAAUGGAAGAGAUAGAACACAAGUACACCGAAGUCAACGGGCUGAAACUUCACACGGCGGAAAUCGGAAGCGUCUCUUCGCCGGCGGUGGUUUUCCUACACGGAUUUCCGGAAAUAUGGUACUCCUGGCGACACCAGAUGAUCGCCGUCGCCAAGGGCGGUUUCAGAGCCAUCGCACCCGAUUACAGAGGAUACGGGCUAUCCGACCCGCCGCCCCGACCCGACGAAACCACAUUCUCGGAUCUCAUAGCUGAUCUCCUUGCUCUCAUUGAUUCUCUUAACCUCUCCAAGGUUAUUCUAGUUGGUAAAGAUUUUGGAUCACGGAUUGUUUACUUAUUCUCACUGCUUCAUCCUCUAAGAGUAGCUGGAUUUAUCACAUUAGGCGUACCUUUUAUUCCUCCAAAUCGUCCCUCAGUUGUGAAGCUCCAUUGCGAAGGUUCCUAUAUCUCUAGAUGGCAGGAACGAGGACGAGCUGAGGCUGAUUUCAGCCGGUUUGACACUAGAACAGUGGUAAGAAAUAUCUACAUUCUUUUCUCGCGAAGUCAAGUGCCGACAGCUCUUGAGAACCAGGAGGUUAUGGAUAUCGUGGACUCGUCCACUCCUUUACCGCCCUGGUUCACUGAGCAAGACCUCGACAUAUACGCUUCUCUGUAUGAGAAAUCUGGAUUCCAAACUGCAUUGCAAGUUCCAUAUAGAUCGUUGAAGGAAGAGUUCGACAUUGCAAAUGUGAAAGUUGAAGUUCCUGCAUUGGUGAUCAUGGGUGGUAAGGACUACUCGCUGAAUUUUCCUGGGAUUGCGGAAUACAUAAAGAGUGGAGUGGCGAAGACUUAUGUGCCCAAGUAUGAAACAGCAUUCUUGCCGGAGGGUUCCCAUUUUAUGCAGGAGCAAUUCCCUCACCAAGUUAGUCACCUAAUACUCAAAUUUCUUUGCAAUCACAGUUGAUUUUGAGGUGCAGCUGAAAUUGUUUUCAAGGUUGCCACACUUUUUCUUUUUUAUUUAUUUGAUCAGAUGACUGGAUGAUCUAGCCAUCCGGUCAGAUUAUUUGGCUGCCCGAUCAGAUGAUCUGGCCGUCCUAGCCGCCCACCGACAAGAUGAUCUAUCAAUUUUUACCAGGCUAGAUAAACUCUUCAUCGAUAGUUGUCAAAUUAUUUUACUUCUAAAAUUUUUAUUACACAUUUAUGACUGAUAAUUAUCAAAUCGGUCAAAUAUGUAAAACUUUCACAAAAAAAAUCAAGUAAAAGUUAUCAGCA